AUGGCUUCCUUGCGAGCUGCAAGCGUUGCAAAGAUGUGGCGAGUCCACCCCUGGCGUGCUGCGACCUGCGCAGCGCGGCCCUUCUCCUCAGCACACUACGGGCACUUCGGUUUGUGGAUGAAUGGGGAGUACACGGAGGCCGCCAGUGGGGCUACGUCCUCGGUACUGAACCCAGCAACUUUGGAGGAGGUGGCCACCUUCGCCUCUGCAGGUCCUACUGACGUGGACCGGGCGGUGGCGGGAGCUUCGGAGGCCUUCGCCUCGGGGGCCUGGAGUGAGAAAUCCCCUCGGGAGCGGUGCCGAGUCCUCUCAGAGGCGGCACAGCGACUGCGAGCGGAGCUUACGUCUCUGGCGGAGAUGGAAUCAAGGCAGACGGGCCGCAGCCUCCGCGAGUACCUGGCGCAGCUGGGCCGGGUCCCAGAGUGGUUCGAGUACCACGGGUCCUAUGCCGCGGCAAAGGGCUUUGAAGGCCGACUGCCUGCUGUCGACAAGGAUCAUGUCAAUAUGGUCUGGAGGGUGCCCUUGGGAGUUUGCGGCCUGAUAACUCCUUGGAAUCAUCCCAUGCUCAUCGCGGCCAAGAAGAUCUCAGUGGCGCUGGCCGCGGGCAAUUCCGUAGUGGUGAAGCCACCAGUGGAGGCCCCGCUCACUGUCCUUCGCCUUGCUGAGAUCCUAAAGCAAAGUGGGCUUCCUCCUGGCUGCCUCCAAGUGGUGCCUGGCGAAGGCCCUGAGGCCGGCGGUGCUUUGGCGCGGGACGAGCGGGUCGAACGUGUGGACUUCACGGGUGGGACGGCAACGGGGCUGCAGAUCCAGAAAACCAUGGCAGAAUCUGGCCGCGUCCGCGCCUACUGCGCGGAACUGGGCGGGAACGCCCCGAUUCUGGUCUUCGCAGACACGCGAAGCGUGCAAGAGGCCGUGGACGGGGUUGCUUUUGCUGCUUUUGUGGCUUCUGGGCAGACUUGCGUCAGUGGCAAGCGGAUCUUGGUCCAGAACCAGAUCUUCGAUGAAUUCAGAGACCGGCUGGUCCAGAAAGCAGCCUCCCUGAGGCUGGGAGAUCCUUUAGAUCAGGAGGUGGAUCUUGGCCCAGUCAUCUCGCGGAGGCAGCUGGAGCGAAUCGAAGACCAAGUGCAGCGGGCCAACGCUGCGGGCGCCAUGGCCCUGACUGGUGGCUCGAGGCCCCAGGCUCAUCGAUGUUCACUUCCUGGGCAUUUCUACGAGCCCACGGUGCUUGCGAACGUGAGCCCCGCAAACCCGGCCUUUGCUGAAGAGAUCUUUGGUCCGGUGGUGUCUUUGUCCAGAUUCGAGACGGAAGACGAAGCUGUAGAGUUGGCCAACGCCUCGCAAUAUGGCUUGGGCGGUGCCAUGUGGACGGAGGAUGUGCGGAAAUCCCUGCGCGUGGCUCGCAAGCUGCGCUGUGGACUCACCUGGGUGAAUUGCCACCACCGCAACGACCCCGCCAGCCCCUGGGGCGGUUUCGGCCAAAGCGGCAUUGGUCGCGAGAACGGGCCAGAAGCCUUUGAGGAGCUUUGGGAUUUUGGGAUUGAGGGUGGGCUUAGGGACAUCACAUGUGUAACUUUCAUUGUGCAGGGCACAUUCCCUAAUGUGUAA